AUGGAUCUGUACAGUGACAGCCUCUGCCCUACAAAUGGACCUUGUAAUCGAGAUCCUGGAGCAAUUACAUAUGGUCCUCCGCCACUGUGUCCGAUCACGGUAAACUGCGAUCAAAUGGACUACAUACGGUUCCAAUAUGCUGAUGGCUCUUAUGUAAAUAAUAGCAAAGUUCCAAAACCCGAAGCUUUCUUCACCGUACGUCUACUUGCAAUCCCAGCAGGCCCUUCGCCAAACCCACCAGGCCCCCCAACUGGAAGAAGAGUACGGAAGGCUGAGAUCGAAUCAGGCUGCACAGUUUCAUGUUCGUCACUUAAAAACUACACUGAAAUUAAUCUUUGCACGUCCAAAAACAAUUGCUCAGCGCCUAUUCUGAAGUCUUUGAAUGACACAGAUGGCUGCGAGGUGGUGGAAUGCCCAUAUUCAUCUUUGGCGGUGCAACUGAAGUCGGGUAUGAGUAUUAUUGUUUAUCCGCAGGAUAUCUAUUGCAAUGAAGUUUGGAUUUAUGAUGACGGCAAACACUCUCAUGAAGUGGAAAGCAUGAUUUGUGUCAACAAAGAACAACAUGAGGAGAAAUAUUCGAAAUGUGCGAGCUUGUGUCCUUCCUUGAAACAAAUAUGCCCUGCAUGUGAUGAAAUCGAUGACAAGUUAUCCUCUAAGUGCUCUUCAAGGCUGGACUGCGGAUCGGGAGACAACGUCGUCAUCUCAAGGAGCAAUAAGUAUGCUUCGCAAAGUCGUUUCCAAGCCAGUGCGGAGAACAAUACAUUGCUGUUUUGUGUGAACGGAAGUUGGAUAUUGAACAUUAACGACACAGAGGUGAAAGUAAUGGAUGACGAAUUUAUAUCUUGCUGUCAAGCUACAAUGCCAAUAUCAAUAGCAAAUGCUGCUCAAGUUAAUAUAUUCCAAGCAUGCUGUACGAUUUUGCCAUUUUUGUCAACACUUCCACCACCGACAACACUUCCACAGUGCCAGUGUCCCUUAGAUUUGUACAGCGACAGUCUCUGCCCUAUUAAUGGACCUUGCAACAAAGAUCCCAAGGCUAUUACAUAUGGCUCUCCGCCAUUGUGUCCAGUCACCUUAAACUGCGAACCAACGGACUACGUACGGUUUCAAUAUGCUGAUGGCACUUAUAUAAGUAACAUAAGGGUACGUGACUUUCGUCAGCUAGAUCAUAUCCAGUGCGUCAAUGGCGAAUGGCGUUAUUAUGGUCAGGCAAAAUUUGACACAGUAUUGCGUAACGUCGUCUGUCAUUCUGUUGCCAUUCCCCUAGGACUCGCAGGGUAGGUGCAUAUGGCACCAUGAAGGAUUUAUGAACGAGCGACUGUUGAUAUUACUUUUAUUAUUUUUGGCUUAUAACCCUCUGUUAACCUUGUAAUACUAAUGCUCGUUGGAAGCGCAUAAAAGAUGGU